AUGGGCCGAUGGCGUGGACGUCUUUAUGCGACUGAUCGUGCAAGAGACUUUGACCAUGAGCGAGAUCGCCAUGUCCGUGUUCGCCAGAUCUACGAAACCAUCGACCGACAGCCUUUCCAAUGGGUCGUUGUCCUCGUUGCAGGCGUGGGAUUCUUGCUUGAUGGAUUUUCAUUGUUUGCUGGGAAUAUCGCCCUACCUAUGAUCUCCUAUGUGUACUGGAAGGAAGAAGUCUCGUCAUACCGAGUGACCUGUAUCAACAUCGUCACCCUUGCGGGCACCCUCGUCGGUCAAGCUACCUUUGGCUUCCUCGCUGACAAGAAAGGUCGAAAGACAAUGUACGGAAUUGAGUUGCUGCUACUCAUUGCUUCAACCUUGGGUGUGGUCAUGAGCUCUGAAGGCUACAACGGAAGCAUGAGUGUUUUUGCCUGGUUGAUCUGGUGGAGGAUCAUGGUGGGAAUCGGCGUAGGAGCUGACUAUCCACUCAGCGCCGUCAUAACUGCAGAGUUUGCCCCCACCAGACACCGGGCGCGCAUGAUGGCAAGUGUGUUCUUCAUGCAACCACUUGGACAGAUCAUGGGCAACCUGAUCUCAUUGAUCGUGGUCGCCAUAUCCCGCCGCUCAAACAACGAUGACCUGCAGCGCUCCGUGGACAUCAUGUGGAGGUGGAUCAUCGGUAUUGGCGUGGUGCCUGGAGUGGUCGCUUUGAUUUUCCGUUUUGCCAUCCCAGAAACCCCAAGGUUCCUCCUCGACAUCGAGGAUGACCCAGUUAAAGCUGAGUUCGAUGCAACGCAGUUGUUCGGGGAGACUUCCAUGAACAACGAGCUGGAGAUUGGAAUGUGGUGCGACUCUCUAGAGGAGUCAAAUCUUUCCAACAGAUCGUUCGAUGAGCGUUCGGAUGCCAGACCCUCGUACACAGUGACCCCUGCCCCGCUGGCGACGUUGAAUUCCUCCUGGAAGAUAUCAAAAGCCGACAUCAAACAGUAUUUCUGGACCGAGGGCAACUGGCGUACCUUGAUGGCUGUGUCAAUGUGCUGGCUUCUGUUGGACUUUGGCUACUAUGGAAUUGGCCUGUCAAAUCCUCAGUUCCUUGCGAAGACCUGGGGUAGCCUGCACAUCGCGAACCCCCAGCCGAUCUGGAAGACAAACGAUGACCCUAGCACUGACAUCUAUGACAUGUUCAUGAACACAUCGGUACAGGCGCUGGUCGUUUUGAACACGGGAAGUUUCGCAGGAGGGAUUCUUUGGAUUCUUUCGGCGUCCCGGUUGAACAGGGUGUCCUUGCAGAAAUACGGGUUUUUGGCCCUCGCAGCGUUGUUCAUUGCAUUGGGCACCGAGUUCAUUGUAGUCCAGGAAGAAGGGGCUCUGGCAAUCACGCUGUACGUGAUUGGACAAUUCCUGUUCAAUUUUGGGCCCAACUCGACCACCUACAUCAUUCCUGCUGAACUAUUCCCCACCCGUUAUCGAUGUACCUGCCACGUUUGGAUCCUCGUCACCGGGCGACAACCAGACGAAGCGCUAUGGGACGAUCCUAGUGAUCUUCAGCGCGUGUAUGAUUUUGGGGGCGGUGGUCACGCAUUUUUGGAUUCCCGAGGUGCAAGAAAAGGCGAAACGCGGCUCAAUUUGGUCAGGACGAAGUAA